AUGGAGACCCAAGCGCAACAGCAAGAGGCUUCUGUGAUUGACACCAGACACCGGAUCAACUUGAUGGAAUCAGAAUUGGAAGAUGCUUGGAAAAUGAUAAAGGAGAAUUCUCCAUCAUUGCCCAAGCGGCGUCGACUUGAGGACGAUACCGUGAGUAGCAUCAGUAGCCGAACUGAUUCCCCUGUAUCCGUGGAUAGGACUGCGGAGCGAAGUGACGUAGGAGGGAGCAGCAGACGGAACCGAGCACGAUUACGCUGCUAUCGCUGCAAAGAGUUAGGCCAUGUAGCACAGGAUUGCUCGAACGAGUCCGGGGACAAGGUGCUGUCGCAACCCUUGCCCCUCUCGGUCAGUAAAUGCGGCAUUGCCUGUUGUCAACGCGUUGCGGAUCGACGCGUGACAUGGAACAGUCAACUAAUCGAGAUUCGGACGAUUGAUGGGGUGUCCCGGGCCUGUUGUGGUGUCGGGACUGUGUCAGUCCUAACAGACGGAGGGAGUCAUGCCAAAGUCGACGUCUUGGUGGCACGUCAAAGGCCCCUCGGUAACGACCUGCUACUUGGGAUUGAUGCGAUCCGAGCGUUAGGAGGCAUGAUGAUCACGCCAGCGGAAAUGUGGAACUGGUUUUUAUUCUUUUUGUCCUUUUUCUUUGUUUUGCUCCUCCUUUCAUUUUGCUUCCUUUCUUCUUCUGUUUUGCUUUUCUUCUCCCUUUUUCUUUUUUUUUUUUCUCAUUUUCUUUUCUUUCUUUUUCUUAGUCGUAGUCAUUAUAAAAAUCAAUCUUUCUUUAUCACCAAAUCAGUCUGUUUUUGA